AUGGAUGCGUCCUCCGUGGAUAAAUCUACAAACACUGAUCCUAUUCGGAAAAAUUUUUGGCGCCGAUGUGGUCUAACACACAAAGUUUUAUUUCAAGUUAUAAGUCAACUACUCUUACCCUUAUUAUUAGCCGUCUUCACUGUCGUCAUCACAUUUGAUCAAAGAAAUGAAAUUCGUGCUCAACGAACUGAAGAUCGAUAUCUCGCCAGUGAACAGCGACAACAAGAUAUGAACAUAUCCCGCGAUCAACGUGAUAACGACAGGCAAAUCGCUGAACAGCAACGUCAACAUGAUAAGCAAAUUGCCGCAGAAAAACGUACUGCAGAUGAUUUAAAUGCCGCAAUUCAACGCAACAUGACACGUGAUCAACGUAUGUAUGAGAUUGAAGUUGAACAGGAACGAUAUCGGAAAGAAAAUGAAAAGUACCUUGAUGCUCUAUUACUUUCAUACUACAACGAAAUGGGUGAUUUAUUUCAAAGAAUUAAUGGAACUUUAUUAUUCAAUAAUCCCACGACAUUCUCAUUAGCACGCGCAAAAACAUUGAAUGUCAUCGAACAGGUCGGACCAAUUCGGGCUGUUCAUCUUAUUAUGUUUCUUUACGGUGCUGGCCAAUUAAGUGUUGGAAAUAAGUCACUCGAUUUAACCGAAGCAUUUCUUAAUCAGAUUAAUUUAAGAUCUCAACGAACUUUGAAGCACAUUUAUCUGAUUGGGGCUUAUCUUAACAAUGCUGUGUUCGAUGGGCAAGAUGUUUCCUAUGCAAAUUUUCGUGGUGCACAUCUGAAUCAUGCAAGUUUUCGAGGAGCAACAUGUAUUGGUACUAUUUUUGAUGAUGCGCAUUUGAAUUCAGCUGAUUUCUCCUUUGCAAAUAUCACCAAGGCAUCGUUUAUUCGAUCAAAUUUACAAUUGUCAACUUUUUAUCGGACAGUGGGAAACGAUUUUAAUUUUGAAAAAGCUCGAAUGCAAGAAACAAAUUUCUCGCAAGCAGAUUUUGAUUGUGAUUUUAGGAAGCCGUCAGGAUUUAUCGAUUCAAAUUUAGCCAGAAGUAACUUACAAAACGCGCGAUUACGUGCAUGUUAUUUGGUGUUUUGUAACCUAACACAUGCGGAUUUCACCAAUACUGAUCUCCGUAUCGCUAAUUUGACGGGAAGUUUAUUGUCUUAUGCGAUAUUUCAGAAUACCGAUUUGGGCUAUACCCUACUAUGGAGCUCAAAUUUGUCUUUUACUAAUCUGGCAAAUAUUCGAUGUUCGGGUAGUAACUACAAUAUAUCAGCAUGUAAACUCCAUCAGGCGUUAACGUUGGAGAAUAGUUAUCUAUCGAAUAAAACGUUUGGACUUGCACCAGAAGCAUUUCUUACGGCCCAAGACAGACCUCAUUGUCAACAACACGUGUUAGGGCAAACAUUUCCUUUAAAUAACAAAACUCGAUGGGUAGUUCAACUGAAUUCUGUAUUCAAUAAAUAUCGUCUUCUUAAUGAGAGUAUCGAUUAUAAAUACAGCGCUUGUGUUUUUGUACCUAAAGCAACCCCGGAAGCAGUGACUAUGAUUCAACGUUUCAAUUUAGAACAUUACAAUGUACUUAUCGGAGCAAAGAGAGCGAAACUGACAAUACACGCUACUCGUGGGCCCGACGUCAGUAUUACUUUAACUGAAUUCAAUAAAAACUCGUUACAAAUAAAGGUAGAUCCACAUGUUGGUUAUCGCUGGACAGAAUUGCUUGAUGAAGAAACAGUGGCCAUCGAAAUUGAAAUCACAUUUUUCAAUGCAAUGCAUGCAGCGUACUCCUGGUUGGAAGCUCUUGAAAUUUUUCUUGAAGCUGAUAUAAGAGCACCAGAUACUCAACUGAUACAUCCGUGA